CGUCAACACCGACAGUCUGGUUAAACAGACUAACCAACCAACCAACACCGGAUAAACCCGCUGGAACAGCUGAUUUGACGACUGCUGCCGACUCAGUCCCCCACCGAUGGCCUUCUGAUCUUAUCGGCUGAGCAUCAUGAUUCGGAGGCCGCUGCAGCGUCUGCCCUGGCCGUUUCCCCCUCCCACCACCUGCCGGCGCGCCCUGCACACGAGUGCGAGUCGUCACCAGGUCAAGGCGCUUAACAGCACGGUGGAUAUGAAUGAGUUCCGCUUCCGCGAUGAUCCUGACGUCGUGGAUUGUGUGCGCGACGCGAAAGCCAGCGACCACUGGGGCCGGCCGUACAAGAACCGUCAGAAGGAGGUCCAGGAGCUGGAUGAGGCCAUCGAGCUGCUCAAGAAGAUGCCAGACCGGGCGCAGCGGCUGCACUUCCACAACUCGUGGGAGAAGACCAUGCGUGCGCUCCGCAACAAGCUCUUCUUCAGCGUGGCCGCACUCAGCAGCCGCAAUAACAAGGACGAGGUCUUCCUCAACUUCGGCUACUCCCCGCCUGUGCCCGACCGCAAGAUGCAGGAGACCUCUCACAAGGCGUACAAGGCCACCAAGGCUCGCUACGGCGCCCAGCUGUACCACCGCUGCUGCACGGCCAUGAACCCGGCGUACGUCGAGGCCGUCAAGCGUGGCGACAAGCGGGCAAGCUCUCUGCCCAAGACCAUUUCGCUCGUCAAGAACAAGCGUGUUCUGGAUGUGGGCUGCUUCAAGGGCGGCGGAGCCCACUACAUGCUCAAGCACCUCGGCGCACGGAGCGUCCUGGGCGUCGACUUCUCGCGCACGUGCAUCCAGUUCUGCAAAGAGCAGUACAAGGGCGAACCCAACCUGGAGUGGUUCUGCGCCGACGCCCUCCGGAUCAACGACCUCCUGCCGCCCUACUCGUUCGACGUCAUCACCUGCAUCCAGACGGCAAGACACCUCUGCGACGCCGCCUACUUUUUCCAAGUCGUGCACGACCUGCUCAAGAAGAACGGGCUCUUCAUUCUGGCCGACAAGUGGUUCGACGAGCAGCUGACCGAGGAGGAAAGGGACCCCGAUGACGACGUCGAUGAGUACCUGAACCUUAAAAGGCACCUGCUGACCGUCGGACUCAAACCACAGGUAAGUCGCUGGGCCGACGUCCACAUGUACUGUACUCAUCUGUCUGUCUGUCUGUCUGUGUCUGACGACGGACGGUUGCAAUGCAGGUGCGUGAGGAUUUGACGGACGGUUUCGCCAAGUCGUUCAUCGAGAGAUGGGGUCGGAUGCCGAGUGUGGACGAGCGGUACAUCCUGGUGCGGGCGCGGCGGUGGAAGGACCCGGUGGUGCCGCACCUGCUGAUGGAGACGAUCGGCUCCAGCGGGGCCGAGGCCCUCAUGUUCCCCACGGCCAAGGGCCUCAAGGAGUGGCACGAAAGACAGAGGUGGCGCGAGGAGGCCGACCCGCACGACGUCGCCCUGCUCUGGAAGGAGGAGACCACGGACAAGGACAAACUCCGGGUCAAGCCGGGCCAAAGGGAAGACCUCACACGAUUGUAGCUACAAGAAUGGUGCCGUGUGCGGUGGAUGGGAUGGGUGGAUGGGUGUGUGUUAAGGAGGGAGGGAGGGAGAGCUUUGAUGGAUGGUCAGUUUGAGUUGGCCUAGUAGGGGAGAGGCAUCAGAGACGGAGGAAGUAGUGACGGCG